UGACUUUCGAUACUUAUUUGGUUUCUCAAACUUUUUUAAAAAUGAUACGGUAAUUUGGUUUUGCCUGGCUCACGAUGCGUAGGUAUUCGACAAUAGAAAUGUGUAGACAGCGAGAAAUCGGGCUGCUUUCUUUAACUUGUGAUACUUUGACAUCCAGAUAUUACAAACAUUUUAAGAGGUCAUCAAGCAUUUAUAACAUUACUCUAGGACGUGGUGGAGUAUUUAGCCUGGAGUUUUCACCCAGUGGUAAAAUGCUGGCCGCAGCCUGCGAACAAAACACCGUUUCACUCUAUGAUCCAAACACAAGAAAAUGCCUGCAUCAAAUAUCAGAUGCCCACAAUGAUGCAGUCAACUCCAUAUGCUUCUGUGAUGAAAGAAUUUUUGCAACUGGGUCUGAUGAUUGUACUAUAGCAUUGUGGGAUGCACGAAAGUUGGGUGAAAAUGUUAUGCGGCUUGCAGGACAUACAGACUGGGUGAAGAGUUUAGCCUAUGAUUGCAAAACACGGUUGUUACUCAGCUCAGCCUUCGACGGAACUAUUCGCACCUGGGAUAUUAACAAAUCCACUUAUUCAGAGAAUGAAUUACAUGAAAUAGGUCAAAAAUUGUUUACCAACGAAAGUGGCAUAUCUCGCAUGGAACUCAGUCAUGCUGGUGAUAAGCUUAUCAUGUCAUGCUUCAGUCAGAUUGAUCAUCACGAUGAGAUUCUAUUGGUCCAUAAUCUUGACUUAGAACAUUUUUCAGAAGAUCUACAAGCAACUGAAAAUAAUGUAGAUGCAAAAAAUGACUACCGCAACAAUCUAAGUGUAAUAAAUGGCAAUUAUGAAUUUACUGUUCCUCCAUUAUACAUUCCUUCUUUUGCGGUUCAUCCUGAUGGCUCUUGUUUGGUGUCUAGAUAUUUGACAGCAGUGUAUGACUAUACCACAGUUCAUGACAUACAAUAUGAUUCAUCUUGUAAGGAAAGACGACUUAGUCAUUACAUACAGGAGAGUGAAGCCGGACCUGGGUUUAUAAAAGACCAAAGUUUUAGUCCAGAUGGUCGUGUCAUCGCCUCGCCAUUUGCUCAUGGUGUACGAAUUCUGGCAUUCGAUUCAGAAUGCUCUUUAUGGAGGAAAGAUACAAUAAUAAAACCUCUGAAGGAAGUCAAGAGCCUCUUCGGUCAUCCAAUGCCCGUUUGCUGUUGCAAAUUUUCUCCAACUCAUAUGCUGCUUGUGACUGGAUGUCUGGGACAAAAAGUCGUAUUUCAUGAACCGAAAUUAUAGCCCGAUAUAGGCCUUGCAAAGGAACAUAUGAUUGCAUUUCAAGGUUGUUUCGUAAAACUGGCAUGCGACGUCAAAAGACGAAACGUGUUAUGAUCCAAAAUAAAAAAUGAAAUAAAUUCGAACUGUAAACUCAUUUAAUUUAUACAAGCUUGACUAAUAAGUAAUAUUUAAUUGCAAUUAUUGAAACGAAGCUCUGCCUCUAAAAUCAUCAAGAAAUCCAGAAUAUGUAGUGCAAUAGUUAAUACAUAAGAGAUCCAUGCGGUGAAAACUAAUGGCCAAGUGCAACUGUGCAAGCUUUGAACAUUGCAAUAGUUCAAAACUUCGUGUAAUAAGACAAAGCGUCUAUGCGUAAAUAAUUUGUAAAUAAGAUUAAAUAAUUACAAUAGUAAAACAACAAUGAAUUUUCUUCUUUUGAUAGAUGUGACAGAGUGCAUAAGACUUAUGUAAGGUGCUCAAGUAAGGGCACUUAUACUGUUAUACAUUAAAGCGCAUUCACAUGCAACUAUUAGCCUGCGAAUAACAGAA